AUGUUCGGGAAAAGCUCCGAUAGCAAGAUAAUGGGCCCCGGCUACAUCACUUUCAACAUAAUACGAGUUCUAAACAUAAUCGCCUUGACGUUGGUCGCAGUUGCCAGCUGGGUCAUGCUUGUCAUGACUCUGAAGACCUCAAAAUUCUUCUUCUUCGAUGGAUCUUCCCACUUCAUUACGAGCGUCGUCGCCGUCUUCCUCAUCGUUUCGGAGUGCAAUCUCUUCAAACGCUAUUAUGCUAAGAACUGGCCAAACUUCAGUGAACAGGCUGGCUUUGUUCCUCUUGGUCUCGCCAUGGUCAUCUUAGGAUUCAACACUCUUGGAAACCUCAAUAAGCAAGCCACCUCUGUCGAAAAUCUCGGUCUUGCUCUCUGGCGAAUUGUCAUCGCUGCUGGCGUUCUCUCCUCCCUUAUCGGACUCGCCAACAUCAUUACAACAUUCAUCUUCUCCAACAUCAAGCUGGGCAUCACUGGUCGUAUGGUCCGUGAAAAUGGAGCAACAGCAGCCCCAAAGAACAACGACUCACCUCGAAACUCUUACAGCUUUUCUCGCAGCGCAAGCAUGAGCAAGGAAAACACCAUUCUUCCAAGUUACCAGGCACCCACAUCUCCAGAAGAUCGUCGCAGAUCUAGAUUUGGCCUCAAGUUCCCCAUCCGCAUGUCUGGAAUUGGCAAGCCAAUGCCAACCAGCGAACACGUCUCGCAGUGGGAUGAUCGCAGCUCUCCAAUUGUCCCAGAUGUAAAGCGACCAGAUACUGCUCUUCACCCAGCGCUCGCUCCUCCUCAACCCGCAUAUGGUCUCGCCCGUUCGAGAUCUUCAGUCUACAGCGAGGUCUCUAACAUGACCCGAUUCUAG